GGACAGAGGUGGUCUGCUCGGAGGUCUGUCCCCGCUCAGCCAUGAGGGGCUCCCCCUGCCUGCUCCGGGCCUCCCUCCUGGUCAUUCUUUGGGUCCAGCAGGGCCUCCGUGGCUCCCCCCGAGAGGAGGACCUGACCAGCGCCCCCGUCCUGCAUCUAAGGCAGCAGCAGAAGGAGGGUCCGGGACGGGUGAAGAGGGCCUGGGUCAUCCCCCCCAUCAGUGUCUCGGAGAACCACAAGCGCAUCCCACACCUGUUGGUGCAGAUCAAGUCAGACAAGCAGCUGCCCGGGGGCGUGAUCUACAGCAUCAAGGGGCCGGGAGUGGACGAGGAGCCCCGAGGCAUCUUCUCCAUCGAUAAGCUCAGCGGGAAGGUCUUCCUCAACACGAUGCUGGACCGGGAGAAGAACGACCGGUUCCGGCUCAAGGCCUUUGCACUGGACCUGAGUGGGGCAACCCUGGAGGACCCCACGGACCUGGAGAUUGUGGUCAUGGACCAGAACGACAACCGGCCGCUCUUCCGGCAAGAGGUCUUCACGGGGCACGUGGUGGAAGGCGCUGCGCCAGGUACCUUUGUGAUGAAGGCAGAAGCGACGGAUGCAGACGACUCCGAGACGGACAACGCAGCCCUGCUGUACUCCAUCCUGGGGCCAGGCGGAGGAGACCUUUUCACCAUCGAUGAGCUGUCGGGGGAAAUUCAAACAGCACAAGUCCAGCUUGAUCGAGAGGUCGUGGGUGUUUACAACCUGACGCUCCAAGUGGCAGAUAUGUCUGGGGAGGGGCUGACCACCACAGCCACUGCCAUUAUCUAUGUGGGCGACAUCAACGAUAACCCGCCUGAGUUCACCGAGAAAGAGUUCUUCAUGGAGGCGCCUGAGAACAACCAGAGCGUGGACCUUGGGCGGCUGAUGGUCCAGGACAAGGACCUGCCCGGCUCGCCAAACUGGCUGGCCAGGUUCACCAUCUUGGAGGGAGACCCAGAGGGGGCCUUUGCCAUUCGUACAGACCCCCUCACCAACGAUGGCAUCAUCUCCCUGGUGAAGGCCCUCAACCACGAGGAGCGGGACAGCUUUGAGCUGCUGGUCUCUGUCCAGAACCAAAGUCCGCUGGAGCUGUCCGCCCCCAAGGCGGCCUUGGCCUUGGCUACCGUCCGAGUGCACGUGCAGGACGCCAACGAAGCCCCCUUCUUCCGGGAGAACCCCUGGAGAGGGAGUGUGAAUGAGGGCGCGCCCCCUGGCACGGAGAUCGCCGUCUACCGCGCCAGCGACCCAGACACCCGCCAAGCGCAGCAACUCAGGUACUCCCAGGCCUCCCCGCCGGCCAGCUGGCUACAAGUGGACCCCGAGUCCGGUCUGGUGCAGACCUGCCAGGAAGUCCCCCCCCGUUCAGCAUUUCAGAAUGGCUUGUACACUGCACGGAUCCUGGCCACUGAUAAUGGAAACCCACCCCUCACCGCCACAGGGACCCUCUCCAUUGAGGUGCUGGAGAUCAACGAUCACGCUCCGCUUCUCUUCCAAACCACCGGGGAGCUGUGCAGCCAGGCGGGCAGCCUGCUUCUGAGUGCCACUGAUGAGGACCUGCCUCCCCAUGCUGAGCCCUUCCAGUUCCACCUGAUCCCCACUGCGUCUCAGCCGGCCCACAACUGGACUCUCAGCCACUAUAAUGCCACCCACGUGCUGCUGCAGGCCCAGGGAGAGGUGCCCGAAGGGACCCACGUGCUGCAGCUGCUCAUCCGUGACUCGGGGAAGCCGCCGCGGGAGCGGGAGCAGCCCCUGAACAUCUCUGUGUGCGCCUGCGACAUGAAGGGCUCCUGCCAGGCUCACGCUGCGGCCGUGGUGGGAGUGGCGGCCAGCCUCAGUUUUGGAGCCUUGAUGAUCAUCCUGGCUAGCGCCCUCCUGCUCCUGCUUCUGGCCCUGUCGGUGGCUGUGCUGGAGCACUUCCGCCAGCGAGCCUUCCAGAAGAGGCUGCUGGGAGACUCCCAGGACGACCUGCGGGACAACGUCCUCAACUACAACGAGCAGGGCGGUGGCGAGGAGGACCAGGACGCCUAUGACAUCAACCAGCUGCGCAACCCGGACUGGUUCUCCCCACCCUCCCCUCGGGGCAAGCCACUCCGCCGCCGGGACGCCCCCUUCAGCUACGCCCUGCCCCAGUUCCCCCGGAGAGUGCCUGCCUGCUCCUCCGACAUAGAAGACUUCAUCAACGAGGGCCUGGAGGCGGCCGACAGCGACCCCAGCGUGCCCCCCUACGACACGGCUCUCAUCUACGACUAUGAGGGGACGGGCUCAGCCAGCAGCUCGCUCAGCUCCAUCUUCUCCAGCCUGGCCGACGACGACCAGGACUACGACUACCUCAGCGAGUGGGGACCCCGCUUCCAGCGCCUGGCAGAGCUCUACGGCCAGUAGGGGGCGCCAGCGGGGUGGGGGGCAGCCUGGGGCCGGCCAAGCGCCAGGCCCGAGACCCUAGUGGCCUUCUUGGACCCACCCAGCGUCCCGCCUGCAGCCGACCCAUCCCAACAGACUCCGGUUGGGGGCCCCCUCCCGGCCCAGGAGGAGAGGAGAGCUGGCCUUGUGGAAGCAAGCAUGGCCGGGUCUCUUUGCUGAGCAGGGCCUGCCUUGGUUGCAUUUCAGCGGGAGACCAGACGUGAGCACGGUCAGAUCUUCCCCUCUGGGAAGAGCAUCUCGGCUCCGGGUCCCCUCCCUGGCGGCAGCAUCUCCAAGAUAGGGCGGAGAGAGAGAUUCCUGCCUGCAGCCUUGGAGAAGCCGCCGCUGCCAGUCUGGGUAGACCAUCCUGAGCGAGAGGGACCAAGAGUCUGACUCGGUAGAGGGCCGCUUCCUCUGUCCCCAGCUCCCCUCUCCUUGGCAGGAAAAGGCUUCCGUGCUCCAUCAGCUGUACCAAGAAGGAAAAGGGGGGGUGGGGGGACGACAAGCCAGGCCAGGCCGGAGGAGCUCAGCAUUUCCCAGCCCCACCCCGCUGCAAGUGCUGGACGGACCCAGGACCACAGAAGAGGCAUUGUCCGGGCACGGCAAGAAGGGGCCCAGGAGCCUUAGCAGGCAAGGGAGACCCCCAAGGUGCCGGGGCAGAGAGCAGGGAGGCCACUGGCCAGAAAGGCCGGGCUGAAGGUCAGCACUAGCAAGGCAGGAGGAGAGGGGUAGUGAAGAGCCCCCCCCGCCCCCCGAGAUCAGGCACAGGUUGGCAGGAGAAGAAGUGGCCAUGGCUGGGAGCCAAAGAAGAGCCCACCAGACUCCUCUGGGAAGGCACAGGCUGGCAGUGCUGGCACCCCCCCCUCUCCUGCCACUGGCCUUCGGAGGCCUCUGGCCACCCGCGACCCCUUCCCCCGCCCAGGGCUGCUUCCGGCCCAGCCAGGAGAUGCAGUCCUUGGCCAAGAAGCCCCAGCUGGCUGAAGGUGGUCGCGGCUCGGCUCUCCUCCUUCCUCGGCUCGUGGCCAGAGAGCCCUUUCUGCUGGCCACCCCGC